GGCCUGCAGGGGCGCUACUCGCCUCGCUCUGUUUCAUUGUUUGUGUUGUGCUGCUGCACCGCCGGACGGAGAGAGACGGGUCAGAGGAAAAUGGCGGACGGUGUGGAUCACAUCGACAUCUACGCCGACGUAGAGGAGGAAUUCAACCAGGAAGCUGACUAUCCAGUUCACGAGCAGAUCGACCUGUAUGAUGAUGUAAUAUCUCCAUCAGCCAACAAUGGUGAUGCUCCAGAGGAUCGUGAUUACCUGGAUGCACUGCCUGCGCCAGGUGGCACAGAGGGAGGGAAGAGUGCCCCACCAAAUGUGGUGUACACCUACACAGGCAAAAGGAUUGCCUUGUACAUAGGGAACCUUACAUGGUGGACAACAGAUGAAGACUUGACAGAAGCCAUCCGGUCAAUAGGCAUUACAGAUGUUCUGGAGAUCAAAUUCUUUGAAAACAGAGCCAAUGGCCAGUCGAAAGGGUUUGCUCUGGUGUGUGUUGGCUCAGAGGCAUCAUCUAGGAAGUUAAUGGAGCUGCUUUCAAAAAGGGAGCUCCAUGGUCAGAAUCCCAUCGUCACACCAUGCAAUAAACAGUCCCUCAGCCAGUUUGAGAUGCAGUCGCGCAAAAGUAAGCCGGGUACCCAGUCGGGCCAGAUGUCUGGGGAAGGUAAAGCUGGUCCUCCUGGUUCUGGCCCCCGUGGUGGUUUCCCCAUGGGUGGCCGAGGCAGAAGCAGGUUCCCUGGACCACCUGGCCCUGGAGGAGAUCGCUUUCCUGGUCCUGUCGGACCUGGAGGCCCACCACCACACUUCCCUGGCUCGGGGAUGAGACCAGAUCUGGUUAGGCACCAAGAUGGCCCUCUGAUGGAUAUGAGUUUCAGUCCCUUCCCGCCGGGGGGCAGGAACGGGAGCUGGCGCGACAGAGGUGGCAUGCAGGGUCCUCCACGUCCACCUCCCGGUCCACCUGGUCCCCCUGGUCCUCCAGGACCUCCGCCUCCUGGCCAAGGUCUCCCCCCUCCCUUAGCUGGUCCUCCAAAUCGUGGGGACAGACCUCCUCCCCCUGUUCUUUUCCCCAGUCAAUUUGGUCAGCCACCAAUGGGACCUCUGCCACCAGGCCCACCUCCUCCAGGUUACGGCCCUCCUCCCGGUCCCCCACCACCUCAACAGGGCCCCCCACCUCCAGGACCCUUCCCUCCUCGUCCUCCAGGCCCCAUUGGCCCACCAAUGGCUUUGGCACCACCUCCACACAUGCCAGGUCCUCCACCAGGUGGCCCACCACCAGCUCCCCAUGUGAACCCUGCCUUCUUCCCCCCACCUGGCAACAACAACAUGCCCCCCAACGACAGCCGAGGCCCCCCAGGACCAAACGACCCAUACGGACGCCCGCCACCAUAUGACAGAGACUAUGGUCCUGGAGGACGAGAGAUGGAGGCAUCACGUACCCCUUUGAGCGAAGCAGAGUUUGAGGAGAUCAUGAACAGGAACAGAGCUAUCUCCUCCAGCGCCAUAUCUAGGGCUGUAUCUGAUGCCAGUGCAGCUGAUUAUGGCAGUGCUAUAGAGACUUUGGUGACAGCCAUCAGUCUGAUUAAACAGUCCAAAGUGUCGGCAGACGACCGCUGUAAAGUUCUCAUCAGUUCCCUGCAGGACUGUCUCCAUGGCAUUGAAUCAAAAAGUUACGGCUCUGCCUCCAGGCGAGAACGUUCCAGAGAACGUGACCACAGCCGUUCUAGGGAAAAGAGCCGGCGACACAAGUCUCGCAGCCGCGACAGGCAUGAGGACUAUUACAGAGAACGGAGUCGGGAGAGAGAUCGCCAUCGUGAGAGGGACCGAGACCGAGACCGUGAAAGAGAGAGGGAGAGGGAGUAUAGACACCGCUAGUGGGGAACGGAGCUUACGUGGAUCAAGGAUGGAUGGAUGGAAGGAAGGAAAAGGAGGAACGCUUUCAGUGCACCACUCCCUGCCCGCCUUUGCAUGACCGGACAGGAUUACCGCCACCACCAUCUCUUCCUCCACCCCCUUCAUUUCUCCUCUCCUCUCCUUCUCCACCCAUCCUUCUCUCUGUCUGUUGUCUAAGAGCAGUGGAUGGAAGACCCUGACCUGUGUAAGGCUAUGUUAUCCAAAACAUCUAUACUCAUGGUAACUAAAGAUGAAAGAAAAGAAACUUUCCAAACAGCUGUUUUAUUUUUAUGAUGUUUUAUUUCACAAGUAAGUGUGACGCUUUUUUGCAAAGAAACAAUAAAAUGGCCCGCACGAUCCCCUGAUAGAAGACACAAACAUUACAUCCUAUUUGUUUUUUUUUCUUCUUUGGCUCGCUGUACUGUGUACAUUAAGUUUAGAGAUUGGUUUUUAUAGGGUACAUGUUUGAUGUUUUCUCCCCUACCCUCCCUCUCAUUCUCAUUUCUUCUUUUCAUAGUUAGUAUGUUUGUAAAUGUCUGCUUUUUGAUUAAAAACUAGAUGGUGUUGUAAUAAAAAAUGUUUACUGAGGUA